AUGUCUAUGGACGACUUCACUUCGAUCAGCAUGCUGUCCCUGGCAAUGCUGGUGGGGUGUUAUGUGGCCGGAACCAUUCCUCUGGCUGUCAACUUCUCAGAGGUGAGUAGCACUCAAACUAUAACUUUGCUCAGUAACAAAAUUCUACUUGAAGUGGAGUCUUCAGCUGAAGUCCUUAGCUACUGAAAUUACUAUGCGCUUAAAUGCACACAUAUUAGUGUAGCAAAGGCGUAUCAAUCAGAUUUUGUUCAAACCGUCACAUACAAUUCUACUUCUUCAGCCUAAUAAUCGCUAUUGCGAGGCCAAAGGUCAUGUGUGGACUAUUGAUCCCUCUCUCCUGUCCUGUCCUGUUGGUGAACCCUCUGCCCUGGUUGUCCUGUCCUGUUGAUGAACCCCCUGUCCUGGUUGUCUGUCUGUUGAUGAACCCUCUGUCCUGGUUGUCCUGUCCUGUUGAUGAACCCUCUGUCCUGGUUGUCCUGUCCUGUUGAUGAACCCCCUGUCCUGGUUGUCCUGUCCUGCUGCUGAACCCUCUGCCCUGGUUGUCCUGUCCUGUUGAUGAACCCUCUGCCCUGGUUGUCCUGUCCUGCUGCUGAACCCUCUGUCCUGGUUGUCCUGUUGAUGAAUCCCCUGCCCUGGUUGUCCUGUUGAUGAACCCUCUGCCCUGGUUGUCCUGUCCUGUUGAUGAACCCUCUGUCCUGGUUGUCCUGUCCUGUUGAUGAACCCUCUGCCCUGGUUGUCCUGUCCUGCUGCUGAACCCUCUGCCCUGGUUGUCCUGCUGCUGAACCCUCUGUCCUCUCUGUCUUGUCCUGCAGGAGAAGCUGAAGCUGGUGACGGUCCUAGGAGCAGGGCUGCUGUGUGGUACUGCCCUGGCUGUCAUCAUCCCUGAGGGGGUCCAUGCCCUGUAUGAGGAGGUCCUGGAGGGUGAGACUCUAGGCUGCGUACCAAACACCACCCUAUUCCCUUUAUAGUGCACUACUUUAGACCAGGACCUAUGGGGCUCUAGUCAAAAGUAGUGCACUAUGUAAUGGUGAUUGUCUGUUCUGCAUGUGUUUGAGUUGUUGUGUCUGUAGGAAGCAGGGGUUAGAACCAAUAUUAUUUUCCAAUCGUUUCAUAAAUUGCUUUGGAGCGUCUGCUAAAUGACUAAAAUGUAAAUGAACAGAAUCAUCUUCUUUUUUUUUUUUGUUCCUUUUUAAACCUCUGAAAUUAUUUUUGUUUUACAUUUAGCUCAACAUUAAAUGAAUGACUUCACCAAUGGAGGGAGCAGCUUGCUAUGGAGCGGGCAUGCUAUGGACAUGCAUUGGACAGACAAGUGUAGGGUAGGAUGCCACUGAAAUGUAGUGGGUGAGGAGAGAGCUGGGCAUGAAGCGCUGGGCGUCUUGUUGUCAUGACAUGCAUUAUCUGAAUUAGGCCCACAGAAUUAUACCUACGGAGGAGCGGCUUCUAUGAAGGAACUUUGAAUGUCUUUAACAUUCAGAGAGUUGGCUUAACUAACGUUGGACCAGAGUUAACCCUUGAUCAUGACUCUCAGUUAUAUGACAUUUCACAUAAUGAUGCCUAGCCUUUUCUAGCGCUAGACCAGAGCCAGUUAACAAGCUUGUGUGCGAGAAUAAAAAAAAUCAAAACAUAUGUGGGAUUGGAAGUGAUGCAGACAAUUACAUUGAUGGUAGUUACAAUCUAUCUGCAAUAUUAAAGCUGAUCUACCCCCCCUAAAAAAUAAACAGAGCGGCACCAGAGUUAACCUACACACACACUGGCAAAGUUCAGCUGGCAGACACUGGCAUACGUUUCUGAAUGACAGUGAUGGCUUUGCCAAGGCGCUUUAUUGCGUUUUUUUGUGGGAUGUGAUAAAAAAAUACAGACUGUUUUUAGUUCUCGGUUCUGUUCCUAGAAAUGUUUUGUUGUUUUUCCGAUUUUGGGUUCUGUUCCCUGAACUGGUUCCAACCCCUGGUAGGAAGUGUUGUUAGCAAGUCCAAGUAGGUAACAGUGAGAACAUCUCUGAAUCUACUGUAUGGGUUAGGGUCUCUGAAUCUACUGUAUGGGUUAGGGUCUCUGAAUCUACUGUAUGGGUUAGGGUCUCUGAAUCUACUGUAUGGGUUAGGGUCUCUGAAUCUACUGUAUGGGUUAGGGUCUCUGAAUCUACUGUAUGGGUUAGGGUCUCUGAAUCUGCUGUAUGGGUUAGGGUCUCUGAAUCUACUGUAUGGGUUAGGGUCUCUGAAUCUACUGUAUGGGUUAGGGUCUCUGAAUCUGCUGUAUGGGUUAGGGUCUCUGAAUCUACUGUAUGGGUUAGGGUCUCUGAAUCUACUGUAUAUGGGGUUAGGGUCUCUGAAUCUACUGUAUGGGUUAGGGUCUCUGAAUCUACUGUAUGGGUUAGGGUCUCUGAAUCUACUGUAUGGGUUAGGGUCUCUGAAUCUACUGUAUGGGUUAGGGUCUCUGAAUCUACUGUAUGGGUUAGGGUCUCUGAAUCUACUGUAUAUGGGUUAGGGUCUCUGAAUCUACUGUAUGGGUUAGGGUCUCUGAAUCUACUGUAUGGGUUAGGGUCUCUGAAUCUACUGUAUGGGUUAGGGUCUCUGAAUAUACUGUAUGGGUUAGGGUCUCUGAAUCUACUGUAUGGGUUAGGGUCUCUGAAUCUACUGUAUAUGGGUUAGGGUCUCUGAAUCUACUGUAUGAGUUAGGGUCUCUGUCUCUCUCUCUCUGUAGGUGUGCACCAUGCCCCUGUCCAGGCGGAGGGGGUGGGGGUGUCUGAGCCCAAGGAGGGUGUGGAUGCAGCUCUGGGGGUCGGUGGGGAGCACAGCCACAGCCACCAACACCUCCAUGCCUACAUCGGGGUUUCCCUGGUCCUGGGGUUCGUCUUCAUGCUGCUGGUCGACCAGAUAGGAAGCGCCCACGUACACAGCAGCACUGACGGUCAGUCUGCACACACACACAUACAUAUAUAUACACACACACACACACACACACAGCAGCGCUGACGGUCAGUCUGCGCACACACACACACACACACACAUACAUAUAUACAGUGGGGGAAAAAGUAUUUAGUCAGUCACAGCAGCACUGACGGUCAGUCUGCACACACACACACAUAUAUAUAUACACAUACACACACACACACACACACACACAUAUAUAUAUAUACACACACACACACACACAGCAGCACUGACGGUCAGUCUGCACACACACACACAUAUAUAUAUACACAUACACACACCCACAGCAGCGCUGACGGUCAGUCUGGACAAUUAAUCAAAUGGCCACCCGGAGUAUUUACAUUGACUGACCCCCCCCCCCUUUGUUUUUACACUGCUGCUACUUACUGUUUAUUAUCUAUGCAUAGUCACUUUACCCCUACCUACAUGUACAAAUUACCUCGACUAACCUGUACCCCCGCACAUUGACUCGGUACCGGUACCCCCUGUAUAUAGCCUCGUUAUUGUUAUUUUAUUGUGUUACUUUUAUUUAAUUUUUUACUUUAGUUUAUUCAGUAAUUAUUUUCUAAACUCUAUUUCUUGAACUGCAUUGUUGGUUAAGGGCUUGUAAGUAACCAUUUCACGGUAAGGUCUACACCUGUUGUAUUCGGCGCAUGUGACAAAUAACAAUUUGAUUUGAUUUGACACACAGCAGUGGCAGCCAGUGUGGGAUGAGCUCAUCUCUCUCUCGGGGCCGUUUCCCUGGACAGUGAGCUCAUCUCUCUCGGGGCCGUUUCCCUGGACAGUGAGCUCAUCUCUCUCUCGGGGCCGUUUCCCUGGACAGUGAGCUCAUCUCUCUCGGGGCCGUUUCCCUGGACAGUGAGCUCAUCUCUCUCGGGGCCGUUUCCCUGGACAGUGAGCUCAUCUCUCUCGGGGCCGUUUCCCUGGACAGUGAGCUCAUCUCUCUCGGGGCCGUUUCCCUGGACAGUGAGCUCAUCUCUCUCGGGGCCGUUUCCCUGGACAGUGAGCUCAUCUCUCUCGGGGCCGUUUCACUGGACAGAUUAAGCCUAGUCCUGGCUCAGUGGAGCAUCGCCACGUCUCAAUCUGUCCAGGGAAAUCAGCCCUCAGGGUUCUGCUUUGUUACAGCGAGAUGUGUCCAUUGAGCGGUCUGUCUGAUUUGGUGCGUGCGUUUUGUUUAGAUCCGGAGUCUGCGAGGAUUGCCAGCUCAAAGAUCACCACAACCUUGGGACUGGUGGUCCACGCAGCAGGUAAGAUGGCUUCAUUAUACAAUGUUUCAGACCGAGACGUUUUAGGAAGAAGAGAGAGUGGAAGGCUAUGGAGGCUUGUUGGAGGAUUCUGCAUCUAUCUAUUCUACAUACUGUGUGUGGAUUGCCAAUUAUUUCGGGUAUAUAUUCUGUUUAUUAAAGCAGCACCAUUCAUCAGGUUAAAUUCCUGGUACAUACGCACCGAGUAUACCAAACAUUAUGAACACCUUCCUAAUAUUGAGUUGCGCACCCUUUUGCCCUCAGAACAGCCUCAAUUUGUCGGGGCAUGGACUCUACAAGGUGUCGAGCGUUCCACAGGGAUGCUGGCCCAUGUUGACUCCAAUGCUUCCCACAGUUGUGUCAAGUUGGCUGGAUGUCCUUUGGGUGGUGGACCAUUCUUGAUACACAUGAGCGUGAAAAACUGUUGAGCGUGGAAAAACCCAGCAGCGUUGCAGUUCUUGACAAAAAUCGGUGUGCCUGGCACCUACUACCAUACCCCGUUCAAAGGCACACAUACACAAUCCAUGUCUCAAUUGACUCAAGGUUUACAAAUCGUUCUUUAACCUGUCUCCUCCCCUUCAUCUACACUGAUUGAACAAGUGACAUCAAUAAGGGAUCAUAGCUUUCACCUGGAUUUACCUGGUCAGUGUGUGUGAAUGGCGGGAACCCGGUUACCGAGAUUUUACCGGGAAUCACCGCCCAGAACCACUCCCUUUUCACGGGAUAAAUAACUGAGAGAAACCGAUCAAAUUAUUAUAAAAUAUUUCUAUGAACAGCAUGGCGUGAAAUGGAGUUGUUUAAAUGAUAUGUGAUGUCUAAAUCUGGCUUCUCUACGACCUCUGCAUGAUGAAUCAACGCUCAGGGUGGGGACAGACCCAUCUCAGUAUGGAGUGCAGUUCACAAUGCAUGUAGACCUAUCAUCUCACCAUGGUACCAAUGCAUGUGGACCUAUCAUCUCACCAUGGUACCAAUGCAUGUAGACCUAUCAUCUCACCAUGGUACCAAUGCAUGUAGACCUAUCAUCUCACCAUGGUACCAAUGCAUGUAGACCUAUCAUCUCAUCAUGGUACCAAUGCAUGUGGACCUAUCAUCUCACCAUGGUACCAAUGCAUGUGGACCUAUCAUCUCACCAUGGUCACUUUGUUUCUUGUCACAGGUAGGCCCUGCAUUUGCUGCAGCAUAGCCUAUGCUACAUUAAUAUAACGACCGAAUGCGUGUCUAAUUGACCUAUCUUUAGAGCAGGUGUUUCUUAAAUGUUUUGUAUAAUGUACAUGGCAAAUAAAGGUGAUUUCUGAUCUUCCAGCGGACGGCGUGGCUCUCGGAGCAGCCGCCUCCACCUCCCAGACCAGUGUUCAGCUCAUUGUCUUCGUGGCCAUCAUGCUUCACAAGGUACAGAACAGUGCCAAUAACAACCCUUUCAUCUUUCCUGUCUGCAUCUUGUGUUUCAGCGCUCCAUCUCAGUGUGUAUGUAAUGCAGUGUCACUGUGUUGCAGUAUAGCUUCCCUCCAUCCUCACUCGGUAUUGGAUCCUCUGUCUCUCAAACACACUUGACGUGACCACCCUCUUGAAAAAUCUGGCAAUUUGAUGGCACGAGGAGUUAGUUUAACCAAUUCAACUCAGUUUCACGUAACUGCCCAAAAUAAUGGAAGCACUUCAGUAAAUUAGGGAAACAAAUGUAUAUUGAAAGCUUCCACCCAGGUGUGGUAUUAACAUCCCAGGGAAAGUAACUGAGCUGAAUGACUACAGACCCGUAGCGCUCACUUCCGUCAUCCUGAAGUGCUUCUGGUGGCUAGUCAAAGACCACAUCACCUCCUCCCUCCCCAAGACACUCGACCCUCUCCAAUUCACCUACCGACCUGACAGAUCCACGGACGAUGCAGGCGCCGUUGCAGGCCUGGAUUUAUGUGAUUUUAGGGGCCAUUUUGGCUUUCAAGAGGCCCAAUCUGCCUGGGCACCAAGGUCAUUAACCAAAAUAGCCAAUUUAAAUAGAUUUGAAAACCAAAAAACACUAGCUAUUCUGUUAAGAAUGUAUGUAAGUGUAUAUAAAUGUACACAAUCUUUAAUGAGACUUUUUAAUUACAUAUAUACAGUGCAUUAGGAAAGUAUUCAGACCCCUUUUCCCACAUUUUGUUACAUUACAGCCUUAUUCAGAAAUUGAUUAAAUAAAUGUUUUCCCUCAGCAAUCAAUACACAAUACCCCAUAAUGACAAAGGGAAAACAGGUUUUUAGACAUUUUUGCUAAUUUAUUACAAAUAAAAAACAGAAAUACCUUAUUUUCAGACCCUUUGCUAUGAGACUUGAAAUUGAGCUCAGGUGCAUCCUGCUUCCAUUCAUCAUCCUUGAGAUGUUUCUACAACUUGAUUGGAGUCCACCUGUGGUAAAUUCAAUUGAUUGGAUAUGAUUUGGAAUGGCACACACCUGUCUAUAUAAGGUCCCACAGUUGACAGUGCAUGUCAGCAAAAACCAAGCCAUGAGGUCGAAGGACUUGUCCGUAGAGCUCCGAGACAGGAUUGUGUCGAGGCAUGGAUCUGGGGAAGGGUACCAAAACAUUUCUGCAGCAUUGAAGGUUCCCAAGAACACAGUGGCCUCCAUCAUUCUUAAAUGGAAGAAGUUUGGAACCACCAAGACUCUUCCUAGAGCUGGCCGUCCGGCCAAACUGAGCAAUCGAGGGAGAAGGGCCUUGGUCAGGGAGGUGACCAAGAACCCGAUGGUCACUCUGACAGAGGUCCAGAGUUCCUCUGUGGUAAUGGGAGAAACUUCCAGAAGGACAACCAUCUCUGCAGCACUCCACCAAUCAGGCCUUUAUAGUAGAGUGGCCAGAUGGAAGUUUGCCAAAAGGCACCUAAAGACUCUCAAACCAUGAGAAACAAGAUUCUCUGGUCUGAUGAAACCAAGAUUAAACUCUUUGGCCUGAAUGCCAAGCGUCACGUCUGGAGGAAACCUGGCACCAUCCCUACGGUGAAGCAUGGUGGUGGCAGCAUCAUGCUGUGGGGCUGUUUUUCAGUGGCAGGGACUGGGAGACUAGUCAGGAUCGAGGGAAAGAUGAACGGAGCAAAGAACAGAGAGAUCCUUGAUGAAAACCUGCUCCAGAGCGCUCAGGACCUCAGACUGGGGUGAAGGUUUCACCUUCCAACAGGACAACAACCUUAAGCACACAGCCAAGACAACGCAGGAGUGGCUUCGGGACAAGUCUCUGAAUGUCCUUGAGUGGCCCAGCCAGAGCCAGGACUUGAACCUGAUCGAACAUCUCUGGAGAGACCUGAAAAUAGCUGUGCAGCGACGCUCCCCAUCCAACCUGACAGAGCUUGAGAGGAUCUGCAGAGAAGAAUGGGAGAAACUCCCCAAAGCUUGUAGCGUCAUACCCAAGAAGCCUCGAGGCUGUAAUCGCUGCCAAAGGUGCUUCAACAAAAUACUGAGUAAAGGUACAGAAUACUUAUGUAAAUGUGAUUAUUAUUUUUUUUUAUUAGCAAAAAAAUCUAAAAACCUGUUUUUGCUUUGUCAUUAUGGGGUAUUGUGUGUAGAUUGAUGAGGGAAAAAAUGAUUUAAUCAAUUUUAGAAUAAGGCUGUAAUGUAACUAACAAAAUGUGGAAAAAGUCAAGGGGUCUGAAUACUUUCCGAAUGCACUGUAUAGGCUAAACGCCAGUCAUGUUUGACAAAUAUAAUGUAGGAUUAUUAAUAUCUAAAGGCUUGAUUCUGUCCACAUACUUUAGGCACUGUUCGUUCAGUUGGGGAGACAAAGGCCAGUGCCUGUUUGAGCAGGUUUGCAAUCAAUCUUUUGGAAUUAUUUAACCAUAAACGUUUAAAACCUUCUUUUUUUUUGUCAUUUUAUGAGGCAUGCCUUACCGUGUUCCGACCAUAGGAAUGUUAAGGGAAUUAUUUUAUAAACACUUCCUCAUAGCAAUGGAAUCCCAGUAUUUCUCUCAUGUUCUCAACUUUAUUUUGUUCUCCAGCAGCCAAAGACACAAUCCUAGUCAUAUUAACAACCCGUGCUAGUUGUUGCAUCUUUAGAUCUUCCCUCUUUCUAAAUUUCUAAAGGAUAUUUUUUAUAUCUGUCAUAUGAAACUGCUCUCAUUUGCAGUGCGCUUUUGAGAAGGGUGUUUUCCCGCUAAUUGCAUUUUGGAACAUUCGUGCUUAUAGCCUGCUGCCGUGUGCCCAUUGCUGCGUUUAUAAUAUGAAGAAACAGACUAAUAGUUUAUCAACAUUUUAAGCUAAACGUUCUGAUCUGUUGCAUCAGCCUCGUUGCUUUUUGAUCUACAGUAGUUGUAUUAAUUUGGGAUCUAUCAUUCCACAACUGUCCCAGAGUCUGUUUGGAAUAUUUCUUUCUCGCACAGAACGACAAGCUGACCAAUAGAAUAGGUCAAAAUGUGUACUAUGGGGGAUAGUAGUUUGAAAUAGACUAGUGCUUUUGCAGUUAAUUACUCAUCUUGUUGGCUGACAAAAAGUAAAUGUGGACAGUUCUUCAAACAUCUUCAAUAUGCGCCUCGGAAUUGGAUAAGGGCGCGUGCCGUUGCAUCCCCAAUGUGUCUAUCUUCACUUGUAGCCUACUGAGUCCUGUGAGAAGGACCCAAUCACGUGACAGGCAUUGGCUAAUAAGAAUUGAGAGAUCUGAGAGAACCGUGUGCUUUGGAGUGCGGCGAUUGGCAGCCGGGAGAUGGGAAUUAUAAUGAUUGUUUUCAGCCCAAGGGCACAAGGGCCAGUUUAGCCACAAGGCAUGUUUUUUUUUGUUGAGGGCAUUAAGGCCACAGACGGGUGGCCGCCGGGACAUUUGAGGCCUGGACACACUGCCUUCCUGACGGCCUCCCCCUGCUGCCUCCCCUUCAUCUACACUGAUUGAAGUGGAUUUAACAAGUGACAUCAAUAAGGGAUCAUAGCUUUCAUCUGGAUUACCUUGUCAGUCUGUCAUGGAAAGAGCAGGAGUUCUUAAUGUUUUGUACACGCCGUGUGUGUUUAAACCCUGUCUCUGUCUUUCCCCCAGGCCCCAGCAGCCUUUGGCCUGGUCUCUUUCCUGAUGCAUGCUGGUCUGGAGAGGAACCGGAUCCGUAAACACCUGCUGGUCUUCGCCCUGGCAGCACCUGUCCUCGCCAUGGUUACCUUUGUAGGACUCAGCCAGGUCAGUUGGUGGUCUUUGACCUCCCCACUACCCCCCUCUCCAAUACCCCACUACCCCCCUCUCCAAUACCCCACUACCCCCUCCAAUACCCCCAAAGGGACCCCACGACCCCGCCGCCAAGACCCCACGACCACCCGCGCCAAGACCCCACGACCCCCCGCGCCAAGACCCCACGACCCCCCGCGCCAAGACGCCACGACCCCCGAGCCCAAGACCCCACGACCCCCCGCGCCAAGACCCCACGACCCCCGCCCAAGACGCCCACGACCCCCCGCGCCAAGACCCCACGACCCCCCGCGCCAAGACCCACGACCCCCGCGCCAAGACCCCACGACCCCCCGCGCCAAGACCCCAGACCCCGCGCCAAGACGCACGACCCCCCGCCAAGGACCCCACCACGCCCCCCGCGCCAAACCCCACGACCCCCGCGCCAAGACGCCCACGACCCCCCGCGCCAAGACCCCACGACCCCCCGCGCAAGACCCACGACCCCCGCGCCAAGACUCACGACCCCCCGCGCCAGACCCCACGACCCCCCGCGCCAAGACCCCACGACCCCCGCGCCAAGACGCCAAGACCCCACGACCCCGCGCCAAGACGCCACGACCCGGCGCGCCAAGACCCCACGACCCCCGCGCCAAGACCCCACGACCCCCAGCCACAAGACCCCACGACCCGGGCGCCCAAGACCCACGACCCUCCGCCCCAAGACGCCACGACCCCCCCCCAAGACCCCACACCCCGCUGCCAAUACCCCACGACCCCCGCUGCCAAGAACCCCACGACCCCCCGCCAAGACCCACGACCCCCCGCGCCAAGACCCCACACCCCUCCAUCCCCAGACCCCCCAAGACCCACACCCCCCUCAAGACCCCACUACCCCCGCGCCAAUACCCACGACCCCCGCCAAGACCCCACGACCCCCCGGCAAGACCCCACGACCCCCGCGCCAAACCCCACACCCCCCCGGCCAAACCCCACACCGCGCGCCAAGACCCACUACCCCCUCCCAAACCCCACGACCCUGCUGCGCCAACCCCAACCCCCCCUCUACCCCACCGCGCCAAGACCCCACGACCCCCCUCCAAGUACCCCACGACCCCCGCGCCAAGACCCCACGACCCCCCCCCCAAGACCCCCAAUGACCCCCGCCCAAGUACCCACGACCCCCCCGCGCCAAGACCCCCACGACCCGGCGCCCAAGACCCCACUACCCCCCGCGCCAAUACCCCCACCCCGCACCCCCCGCGCCAAGACCCCACGACCCGGCGCGCCAAGCCCCCAACACCCCCCCCAGGACCCCACGACCCCCGCCCAAACGCCACGCACCCCCCGCCCAAGACCCCACGACCCCUGCCCAAACCCCACGACCCCCCGCGCCAAACCCCCACGACCCCCCGCCAAACCCCACUCCCCCCGCCAAGACCCCACGACCCUCCCCCAAGACCCCACACCCCCUCGCCAAGUACCCCAACUACCCCGCCCAAACCCCACGACCCGCCUCUCAAGACCCCACUACCCCCCGCCAGACCCCACGACCCCCGCGCCAAGACCCCACGACCCCCCGCCCAAACCCCACGACCCCCCGCGCCAAUGACCCCACGACCCCUCGCCAAGACCCCCACGACCCCCCCGCCAAGACCCCCACGACCCCCCGCCAAGACCCCAACCCCCCGCCCAAGACCCCACACCCCCCGCGCCAAGACCCCACGACCCCCCCCGCCAAGACCCCCACGACCCAUGGCCGCCAAGACCCCACGACCCCCCGCGCCAAGACCCCACACCCCCCUCCCAAACCCCACCUGACCACCCCGCGUCCAAGACCCCACACCCCCCGCCCAAAACCCCACUACCUUCUCGCCAAUACCCCACACCCCCCGCCCAAGACCCCACACCCCCCGCGCCAAGACCCCACGACCCGGCCGCGCCAAGACCCCACGACCCCCCUGCGCCAAACCCCACGACCCCCCCCCAAAGCCAACCCCCAAACCCACCCCCCGCUCCAAACCCCACACACCCCCCGCCAAACGACCCCCACAGACCCCCGCGCCAAAACCCCACGACCCGCCGCCACAGACCCCACGACCCCCCGCCCCGCUCCAAUACCCCACUACCCUUCUCUCCAAUACCCCACUACCCCCCUCCAACCCCCACACCCCCCUCUCCAAUACCCCCUACCCUUCCAAAUCCCCACACUACCCCACCUCAAUACCACUAACCACUCUCCAAUACCCCCCUCACCUCUACCAAAUACCCCACACACCAAACCCUACCCUCCAAUACCCCACUACCCCCUCUCCAAUACCCCACUACCCCCCUCUCCAAUACCCCCACUACCCCUCUCCAUACCCCCUACCCCCUCUCCAAUACCCCAAUACCCCAAUAACCUCCUCCCUAUCUAACAACCCCCAUGUUGUUGUCCUCUCCCCUCCAGAGCAGUAAAGAGGCGCUGUCAGACGUGAACGCCACAGGCGUGGCCAUGCUGUUCUCUGCCGGGACCUUCCUGUAUGUCGCCACCGUACACGUUCUGCCUGAGGUGGGCGGGACCGGACACAGCCACUCCCCCGCUCCGGGGAAGGAAGCAGCGAAGGGGCUGAGCAAGGUGGAGGUUGGGGCUCUGGUUCUGGGUUGUCUGAUACCACUGGUGCUGUCCGUUGGACACCAGCACUAGAGAGAC